AUGCGCAACUACCUACCCCCCAAAUCAUCGAUGAACGAAACUGUGGCAACUGCAACCACUGUACGACGAGUACGCGCUAAAAGUUUCCCGCUGCUUCCCCCUAUGGAGAACGAGCUAGUUGAGAGGAGAAUUGUACACGAACCUGGAUACACGGAAUUGGUGUCCCAUUCAGAAUCAAAGGACCGAAAUAUUUGGAAGGAUCUCUGGUACCGUGUGAGACGUGAAGCAGAUUCAUCACAGCAACCCGGUAUAACGAGAGAGAAUACUGGAACAGUUUCACCGAAUGAGGAUCCACCAGAAAAUUUACAUUCAGCACCACUGUUGAUCAAACCGUCGACAUUCACAGUUCACUGUUCCGACGGAUCUGCUCAAUCUGGGCGUCUGUUUCGAAGUCGUACGAUUGAGAGUGCAUACCAUCGUGUGGAGAAGACAUCGCUUUACACCUGUAAUCAAGGUCGAAUCGAACAAUUACGAGGACAUCACACACAGCUCAAAGUGAAAGUUAACACUUCUUCAUGCAGUGCCCCGGAAUGUGGCUACGACAAAGAGGAGAGAGAAACAGAGGGAGCUGACAUCUCACUCUUGUCUUUAACAGAAGCGCAGCUGUACAAGCGACGUUUGGCAACCAGAAACAGUGAAAGAAAGAUGAGGUACGUGAAAAUCUCCCACGCAGCUUUGAGUGAACCAGAUCUGUCAAAGGCACCAAAAAGAAGCGCCAUGAAACGUGACAAGGACACAAGUCAGUCAACCCUGAACACUCAGCACGAUCGAAACGAGCUGAGAGAAAUCUCCAUUGUUUCGCGUGCACGCAAUUCCGAUUCUCUCUCGUCCGUUCCCAUGACACCAGACAGCGUGCAACAAAAUACCAGAGUUGCUUCCUCAAUGGGGCAUUCGACUUGCAGCUCGAUCAGUCAGGCAUCAUACGAUUCAGACGGUUUUGCAAUCCAAAGUACAGCUUCCGAAAUGUCCAGUAUGUUUCGAUUUCAAUCAACCCCACCCCGAGUGUCCUGCGCUAGUCCGGUGAUGCGAUGCAGCGGAAGUUUCGAGCGGACAGCUUCUGGGUCACGGUUGGCUGCUGGGGCUUUCGACACGAACAUGCAGUAUCCCAAUGAAGUGGACGAGGAUAACAUCCUACGAGACUUUGAAGUGAACAGUCCAACUGAGACGGACAACGAAGACGAUGGGAUUCAUGAUAAACUACCUCGAUUACACAACCUUGUGCUCAGAAAAGACAGCUUAGGAGAUAUAUUGGACAGCCCAAUAUCUGCUAAUGAUCACAGCCCAUUGUAUGAUGACAACACGGGUGAAGAAGUAUCUUCCUCACAAGACGACUCAGAAAGUCCAGCUGAUUCACCAGAUGUACAUUUUCCACAAGAGUUUCGCAGACGGUCUUCGGAGAUCCCGAUUGUUGAAGUGUUAUCUGGAGCUUUGUGUGCCGCUGGCUACGGAAUGGUCGGCCGGCUGCUCGAAUUCUGGCUGCCACAGAGAACUUUCUGCGAGAACCUAUUACGUUCAAGUGGAAUUUCCGAACUCUCCGACGAUUUGGCGUGGCAGAGACGAAAAGCCAUUUUGAGGGAGCUUUCCAGAAGUUCCUUACACACUUCAGAAGAAUCACCAACACAUGAGAUGCUAUUUCUGCGGUUCUCGAAAUUCGUGGAGGUUCUGGAACUGGAACCAGAAGAUAGAACUGGUGACAAACCGUGGAUCAGACUGACCGCGGCUGAUAGGGCUCGCAUACGGCGCGAGUUAAACGACUACAAACGGAUAGAAAUGUUUGUACAUUCUGACAGUGAGAAAAACACGAGAUACCACUCACCAUGAACACUGGCCCGGAGGAACAAGGGCCCCCCUGCAUUUCGGAUAGGUGAACUGCACUUUCCGAAUUCGAAUAUUUCGAUGGUUUUUCACAGGAGCAACUCUGAAAAUGGCUGUUAUUUU